AGCCCUACGAAGGUGUCUUGCAAAGGGGUUGGCCUGCACAAGUUCCCAAAGGAGCUCAGCCAGGGAGUUAAGUACCUCGAGCUCUCCAACAACUUCAUCCAAAACCUGUCGAGGAGCCACAUGCCAAGGUUUGGGCAACUUGAGUAUCUGGACCUGUGCUUCAACCAGCUGGAAGCCGUGUCAGACACGACCCUGGCUCAGCUGCCCCAGCUGCGCACUCUUCUCCUGGGAUCAAACCACCUGGACCGCAAUUAUGUCGCUAACGGGCGAGCCUUUCACUUGCUGAGGAAUAUAGAGGUCUUGGACCUGUCAGCAAAUAACCUGGAGAGCCACAUGGCAGGCUGGUACAUCAGCAACCUCACCAGGCUGAGGGUGCUGGACCUCUCCGGGAACAAGAUGACCACGCUGCCAGCGGGGAUCUUCUGGAGCACCCCACGGCUGCGUGAGCUCGACCUCAGCAACAACUACAUCACAGAAAUCGAAGAGGGAGCUUUUGAGGCUCUGCAAGAGCUGGAGGUGGUGAACUUGGCCUUGAAUUCCCUCCACUGCAUCUCUGGCUUCAGCCUCAUGCAGCUGCGAGUUUUAAAUCUCAGCCACAACGCCCUGGAGCUCUUUGUCUCAGAGGAGGGAGCGGAACCCUAUCUGCUUCAAGUGCUCGACUUGAGCCAUAACAGACUCCUCUAUUUCCCCGAGCUCCCCAAAGCCCAUUAUCUCACACACUUAAACCUCUCCAACAACCUUAUUGCUUCCCUGCUCCCAGGCUCACACCAUCCGGGGGAGUUUGUUCUUCGCUACGAGGAGAUGGCGAGGUUUAAUAGGACGUUGUGUACGCCAGCUGGUCUGACGCAUGUAGCUGACUUGGAUCUCAGCAAUAACCGGCUGCAGCUGCUCCCAUUUUCCUUCCUCCGCAGCCUGGGCUCCCUACACAGGCUCAGCCUGGCUAGGAACUGUCUCCAGGAGGUAGCCGAGGAGUUGCCCACCAGUAGCACCGAGUCCAGCAACCACUCUCCCAUGCCACUGGAGCGUGCCACCCUCUCCGUGCACUCACUGGACCUCCACGGCAAUGCUCUCUCUGUGCUGCCACACUGGUUUUUCGAUCCUCUGCCUCAGCUGGAAAUUAUUGACCUGGGCUCAAACAGCCUCCAGCCUUGUGGGAGCCAGGAUAGCGAUCCAGGAGGGAAUCUGGGAGGGGGCUCUCAUGUGUCAGCCCCAGGAGGCACCUGCACCCCCUUCUACAACAUCCCUCAGUUGAAGCAUCUGAGUCUUUGCCAGAACAACAUUACCAGGCUGUACCCCUACAGCUUCAACCAGACCUCGCUGCUCUCCCUAGACCUAUCAGGGAACAAGGACUUGUUUGUGCCUAAGGAGGCCCUGGGGGGGUUGGAGUCCUCCCUGCAGAGACUUUCUCUGAGGGGCAACCAGAUGGACAACAGCAAGGCAGAGCUGCCCUGCCUGGACAUGCUCAAAGUCUUGGACCUCUCAGGCAAUAAUUUGAGCCUUUUGCCCACAGGUCUUUUCUGCUCCCCACUGGAAAGCUUGGACAUUCGCAGUAACAAACUGCUGACAUUGGAAAAGCUCAUGAGCUUGUCCCGCAGCCUGAGGGACGUGUCCAUUGCUGGAAACCCCUUCAGCUGUUGCUCACUGGCUUGGCUGGACACACUGCAGGCAGCUGGCGUGGGCGUGCAGGACCUGGACAAAGCCCUGUGCACCUACCAGGAUGAGAGCAGGAACUUCUCAGCCAAGAUAACCAGCAGUCCUCAGUGGCUUUGUCCACGUCCCAGGGACACCAGCUCGCUGGCUCUGCUUGUGAUUGUGAUCAGUUUUUGCUUUCUCGGUCUCUGGGCUUGCUGCCUUCUGAAGAAAGGGCUGAAGUCGCCAGAGAGUGCAAGACCCCACAGCAACAGGGUGGGGGUCUUGCCCCAGUGUCCCAAAAGAGAGGAGCUAGCCGAGGCGAAGCCAGCAGAAAGCAUCACCAGCGUGUAG